GAGUGAGAGAGAGGGCGGACUCUUGCAGUUUAACAAAGCUGGGCAUAUCAAAAGCGGCUGCUUUAUGGACAUUAAAAUAAAUUGUGUAGCCUAUUUAUUUGGUGAAAAAUCAAAACAGUUCUAAACUAACUCUUUAAAAAAGAGUUUUGCACAGGAUUUUUUUUACUAUUACUGUUCUGCUUGGUUUAUGUGUAUAGUUUCGCGGGUUACAUACGAUAGUUUUCACUUCCUAUUCAAUUAUGUUUUGGUCCAUUUUAUGCGCGGGUUUCCUCCUUGCACCUUUACUAGCGGAGGCUAGAAUCUCCAAACGCUAUGUCAUCGGCUGCCCAGACCGCUGCGACAAGUCGCUGUGCCCCCCGAUCCCCGCCGACUGCUUGGCCGGUGACAUCCUCGACCAGUGCGACUGCUGUCCGAUCUGCGCCUCCGGAGAGGGCGAGAUCUGCGGCGGCACGGGGAGAGUAGGCGACCCGGAGUGCGGGGAGGGGUUGGAGUGCUCGGUGACGGACGGAGUCGGCUUCACCGCCACGGUCAGAAAGCGGGGCAGGACCGGCGUGUGCGUGUGCAAAAGUUCUGAGCCAGUGUGCGGCAGCGACGGCGUCUCCUACCGAAACAUCUGCGAACUGAAAAGAGUUAGUAACCGGGCGCAAAAACUACAGCAGCCACCUGUCAUCUUUAUUCAAAGAGGAGCCUGCGGCCAAGGCCAAGACAAUCCAGACAGCCUACGUCACAGAUACAACUUCAUCGCCGAUGUGGUGGAGAAGAUCGCCCCCGCCGUGGUUCAUAUUGAACUGUACCGCAAGAUGGUGUUUUCUAAGAGGGAGGUGGCGGUGGCCAGCGGGUCGGGCUUCGUGGUGUCAGAGGACGGCCUGAUCGUGACCAACGCCCACGUGGUGGCCAACAAGCACCGGGUGAAGGUGGAGCUCAAAAGCGGCGCCUCCUUCGACGCCAAGAUCAAGGACGUGGACGAGAAGGCCGACAUCGCCCUCAUCAAGAUCGACGCCCCGAUGAAGCUCCCCGUCCUCCUCCUCGGCCGCUCGGCCGACCUGAGGCCCGGCGAGUUCGUGGUGGCCAUCGGCAGCCCCUUCUCCCUGCAGAACACCGUCACCACCGGCAUCGUCAGCACCACCCAGCGUGGUGGCAAGGAGCUGGGCCUGCGCAACUCCGACAUGGACUACAUCCAGACCGACGCCAUCAUCAACUACGGGAACUCGGGUGGCCCUCUGGUGAAUCUGGACGGGGAGGUUAUCGGGAUCAACACUCUUAAAGUGACCGCCGGCAUCUCCUUCGCCAUCCCCUCUGACAAGAUCCGACAGUUCCUGGCAGAGUCGUACGACAGACAGGCGAAAGGAAAAGCAGCACCAAAGAAGAAGUAUAUCGGCGUGAGAAUGAUGACUCUUACUCCAAUUUUGGCUAAGGAACUGAAGGAACGACAGAAUGACUUUCCCGACGUCACCUCAGGGGCGUAUGUCCUUGAAGUCAUAGCCAAAACUCCAGCUGCAGUUGCGGGCCUGAAGGAGAGCGACGUCAUUAUCAGCAUCAACGGCCAGCGCAUCACAUCGGCCAGCGACGUGAGCAGCGCCAUCAAGAAGGACGAGUCGCUGCGGCUGGUGGUGCGGCGCGGGAACGAGGACGUCCUCCUCACUGUCAUUCCCGAGGAGAUCGACCCUUGACCUCCCCCCCCCCGGUCCCCAUCCCCCCCCCGCCAUGAGCUGGUUCUCAGUGUCUCGCUAUGGAUCCUCGCCAGGGUGUGUCUGGAGCCACGCCCACUUUAGAAUCAGUAACCAAUAGUCUCUCUCCCCUGUGGCCAGCAGCGGUUGAAACUCCACCUCCAGGAACUGAACAGUGUGCAGAGCAAAUGCACGUGUGUGCGUGCGCAAACACACCCAAACACAAACAUAUUUUAGACCCUCAGCUAUUCGUGUAUUUUACUUUUCUUGUCGUGUAUGCUUCGAAAGACAUUAGUCCUGUCAGUUUAACCCAGAUUGACCAGUGUUUUCUUCAUCCUGUUUUCCUUUUUAUACUGUACGUAUCUCAUUUCUCAGAGAAACCCACCACAGUCUAUUAAAAGUGGAGCAGCAGAGAGAAGAGUGGGCAUUGCAGGAUACCGUAGUUUCUUAUUUUUUUGUUUAAUGAUGUGUUUUGU